AUGCCGUUAGUAAGGAAUCCGAUUCUGCCAGGGUUCAAUGCGGAUCCAUCGGUACUGAGGGUUGGAGAUGAUGAUGGUUACUACAUCGCCACCUCCACCUUCGAAUGGUUUCCCGGCGUUCAAAUCCACCAUUCCAAGGACCUUGCCAAUUGGGACCUCGUUACUCGUCCGUUGACCAGAAAGAGUCAGCUAGAUAUGCGUGGUGACCCGGACAGUUGUGGUGUAUGGGCUCCCUGCUUGACACAUGACGGCAAGAAGUUCUGGCUUGUAUACACGGAUGUCAAACGCAAGGAUGGCUCAUUCAAAGACAACCCCAACUACAUUGUUCAUGCCGACAAGAUCGAAGGCCCAUGGUCCGAUCCCAUCUAUGUCAAUUCUUCUGGAUUUGACCCCUCACUGUUCCACGAUGACGAUGGAAAGAAGUGGUUUAUAAAUAUGCUUCAGGAUCAUCGGAGGCGUCCACAAUUCUUUUCGGGCAUCAGAAUGCAACAAUGGGACGAGAAAACCGAAAAACUUGUUGGACCCCGGAAGACAAUCUUCCCUGGUUCAGACCUUGGUCUUCCAGAAGGACCGCAUCUGUACAAGCGAAAUGGCUGGUACUACCUCUUGACUGCAGAGGGAGGCACUGCAUAUACCCAUGCCUGCACUCUUGCUCGAUCGCGUGAUAUAUGGGGUCCGUACGAGUUGCAUCCGCAAAAGCACAUAAUCACCUCCAAAGAUGCCCCGCUCGCUGCUCUGCAACGAGCAGGUCAUGGAGACAUUGUCGACACGCCAGAUGGCAAGACUUACAUUGUACAUCUGACAGGACGUCCAACUACGCAAGCGCGCCGCUGCGUGCUUGGACGUGAGACGGCGAUUCAAGAAGCCUACUGGGACAAGGACGACUGGCUGUACGUGAAGAACGGACCGGUUCCAUCUCUCUACGUGGAUCUACCAGCAGAGCGCGACGACACGGCAUACUGGUCGCCGCAACAUUAUGACUUCACCAGCACCGACACGCUGCACAAGGAUUUCCAAUGGCUCCGCACGCCCGAGCCCGAGCGCAUCUUCCGCCUGUCAAAAACGGGGCUGCAGCUGACGGGCCGAGAGUCCAUCGGCUCCUGGUUCGAACAAGCACUUGUCGCCCGCCGUCAGACGCACUUCUCCUACGAUGCCGAGACCGUGGUGGACUUUGCGCCAGACGACGAGCGCACGUUUGCAGGACUAACGGCAUACUACUGCCGCUUCAACUUCUUCUACUUGACUGUUACUGCACAUUCUGAUGGCAAGCGCGAGUUGCUGCUCAUGAGCUCCGAGGCUUCAUGGCCUGAUGGCAAUCUCAAGAUGCCGUUUCCCGAGCCGGUCUCGAUUCCGCAAGAGGGCAAAGUCAGGUUGGCGCUUAGUAUCAGAGGCCCGCGUUUGCAGUUCAAGUACGCGCUCGAUGGCGAGAAGGAGCUGAAGGACAUUGGCCCGGUGUACGAUGCGUCGAUUUUGAGUGACGAGUGUGGUGGUCAUCAAGCACACGGUAGUUUUACAGGCGCAUUUGUAGGCGUCGCAGCAUCGGACAUGAAUGGCACAGAGAAGGUAGCGCAGUUUGAUUACUUCACCUACACACCCAUCCACCACAGUUCGGACCGGUACGAUGUUUGA